AUUAACUGGGUCUCAUAUUCACUCACCAACAUAAAAUCCAAACAACGACGUAGUGGUAAAAAUGCUUAAGAGAGAACAAAAGAGAAACUAUAACGAUUUUUCGGAGUACCGUUAGUCUUAUAUGUAGUCUUUUCUCUUAUGGAUGCUGCAGUACUUUUAUCUCGCUGCAAAUUUGGUGAGAGAUGGACAUUAAAUGUUGUGGAUGGUUCCUUUUCACUGCUAGUCCUGCUUCCUUCAUUGUUGUUGUGUUACUGUUUCUGCAUUUUCUGCUAUCGCCGUACAAGAAGUAAUUUUCAGAAGGCUUAUCAUGGAUAUAUCAGUCAGCUCAUUGGUAAUGCUAAGAACAGACGUAGGAACGUUUUAAGAAAAAAUCAACAUUACUUUAAAAAUAGUUUUGUUUAUAUAAUUGUGAAAUUUAUUUUACGUAGUAAAUGGCCUCGCAAGAAUAAAAAAAAAUUAUUAAAUAAAGUGUCUAAGAAGUUGUGAAUAAUUGUAUUUGGCAAUAUAAUUAUUAGUUUUUUCGUGAAUGUUAAGUUCCCGUAUUCCCUAAAUCCCGUAUAAUGUAUUCGGUAACUAUAAGCUCAUGCAUUGUUGGACUUGGCCAAGCAUUUAAAUUGUUAAAUGAUGAAGUGUAUGUUACAGCUUCCUGGAUUAAGAAAUUAUUCUUAAGAAAUUAAGAAAUUAAAAUUAUUCAAUAAUCAUAAGUGUUUUAUGUUUCCAAAGUAAUCGUUUUCGUAGAACAAAAACAUGCGUAGAUUAAGAAAAACCAUAAUUUUUGCUGCUUGUGUGGCUCUAUUUUGGACCGCUCCAGCACACCCUAAUAGUCCUUAUGCUCAGGAAACAGUAUCCGUGUUUAUACCCGGAGACAUUAUUCUUGGUGGGCUGUUUCCAGUGCACGAAAAAGGUGAUGCCUCACCAUGUGGACCAAAGGUAUAUAAUAGAGGAGUUCAGCGCUUGGAGGCAAUGCUAUAUGCAAUAGAUCGGGUUAAUAAUGACACCAACAUAUUACCAGGAAUAACGAUAGGUGUCCAUAUAUUAGACACGUGUUCACGAGAUACUUAUGCUCUUAAUCAAUCGCUGCAAUUCGUACGCUCUUCACUUAACAAUCUCGAUACAUCAGCUUUUGAGUGUUUAGAUGGAUCUAGCCCUCAACUAAAAAAAAACACAUCAUCCGGACCUGUAUUUGGAGUUAUCGGCGGGUCCUAUAGUUCAGUGUCUUUACAGGUGGCCAAUUUAUUGCGCCUUUUUCAUAUUCCACAAAUAUCUCCGGCAUCAACGGCAAAAACAUUGUCAGAUAAAUCACGAUUUGAUCUGUUUGCUAGAACUGUGCCACCAGAUACAUUUCAAUCUGUUGCACUAGUGGAUAUUGUUAAAAAUUUUAACUGGUCUUACGUAUCCACCAUUCAUUCGGAAGGAUCUUAUGGAGAAUAUGGUAUUGAAGCAUUUCACAAAGAAGCUUCUGAGCGUAACGUUUGCAUAGCAGCAGCCGAAAAAGUGCCUAGCGCUGCAGAUGAUAAAGUUUUUGACUCAAUUAUAAGUAAGCUAAAAAAAAAACAAAAUGCGCGGGGAGUUGUGCUUUUUACACGGGCCGAAGAUGCACGUGGAAUUCUUCAAGCAGCAAAGCGUGGCAAUUUAUCCCAACCAUUUCAUUGGAUUGCCAGUGACGGCUGGGGAAAGCAGCAAAAGUUACUGGAGGGAUUAGAAGAAAUUGCAGAGGGCGCAAUUACAGUAGAGCUUCAAUCAGAGAUAAUAGAAGAUUUUGAUAGGUAUAUGAUGCAGUUAACUCCAUAUUCAAAUCAACGAAACCCAUGGUUUGUAGAAUUUUGGGAAGAUACCUUUAAUUGCGACGUUCAAUCGAACUCGCUAAAAAUAGAUUCUAUAAGCGAAUAUAAUUCCACUGGUGCGAAAAAGAAUGAAAAAUCCAGAGGAAAAUGUGAUGUUACCUUGAGGUUAUCAGAAAAAGUUGGUUAUGAGCAAGAAUCAAAGACUCAGUUUGUUGUGGAUGCCGUUUACGCAUUUGCUUAUGCACUGCAUAAUUUACAUAACGAUCAGUGUAACACGCAAAGCGACCAAACAUCAGAAAAGGGAAAACAUCAACAUAGCGAAUCUGUUUGGUAUCCGAAGAUAUCAAGAAAUAGCAAGACUCAAGCGUGUCCAGAUAUGGCAAAUUACGACGGAAAGGACUUUUACAACAAUUACCUGUUAAAUGUGUCAUUUAUUGAUCUUGCUGGCAGCGUAGUUAAAUUUGAUCGUCAAGGCGAUGGAUUAGCCAGAUAUGAUAUUUUAAAUUAUCAACGUCUUAAAAACUCCUCGGGAUAUCAAUAUAAGGUAAUCGGAAAAUGGUUUAAUGGAUUGCAACUUAAUUCCGAGACUGUUGUCUGGAAUAAAGAUGUUGAGCAACCCUCUUCCGCCUGUUCAUUACCUUGUGAAGUUGGAAUGAUUAAAAAACAGCAGGGGGAUACUUGUUGUUGGAUAUGUGACAGCUGCGAACCGUACGAAUAUGUUUAUGAUGAGUUUACAUGUAGAGAUUGUGGCCCUGGACGUUGGCCAUAUCGAGAUAAACUUUCGUGCUAUGCAUUGAACAUUCAGUAUAUUCGCUGGAAUUCAUUAUUUUCUGUUAUUCCAAUGGCUAUAGCCAUACUUGGAAUAUUGGUAACAAUCCUGGUUAUAGUUUUAUUUGCAAGAAAUCACGAUACACCAUUGGUGAGAGCAUCCGGUAGAGAGCUAAGCUAUACUCUCCUUUUUGGAAUACUAGUUUGCUAUUUUAAUACUUUCGCGUUAAUAGCAAAGCCAACAAUUGGAUCUUGUGUGGUGCAGAGGUUUGGAAUAGGCGUAGGCUUUUCCAUUAUAUAUAGCGCUCUUUUAACAAAAACUAAUCGAAUUUCACGUAUAUUUCAUUCUGCAUCAAAAUCAGCCCAGCGUCUUAAGUAUAUAAGUCCUCAAUCGCAAGUCGUCAUAACCGCAUCUCUUAUUGCAAUUCAAAUAUUAAUCACAAUGAUUUGGAUGAUUGUGGAGCCACCUGGAACUCGUUUUUAUUAUCCUGAUCGUAAAGAAGUUAUACUCAAAUGCAAAAUACAGGACAUGUCCUUUCUCUUUUCGCAACUGUAUAAUAUGAUUCUGAUAACAAUUUGCACAGUUUAUGCAAUUAAGACCCGAAAAAUACCGGAAAACUUCAAUGAGUCUAAGUUUAUUGGAUUUACUAUGUACACUACGUGCAUUAUUUGGCUGGCAUUUGUACCCAUAUACUUUGGCACCGGAAACUCUUAUGAGAUUCAAAUAACGACAUUGUGCAUUUCAAUAAGUCUUAGUGCUUCCGUUGCUCUUGUAUGCCUAUAUUCACCAAAGGUUUAUAUUCUUAUUUUUCAUCCGGACAAAAACGUGCGAAAGUUAACAAUGAAUAGCACCGUAUAUAGAAGAUCGGCUGCAACUGGAGCACAUUGUGGACCAAGUAGCUCUGGAUAUAGUCGCACACAAACACCUGGAACUGUCGCGCCUACAGGAAUACAAACAUCGGGUAUAAGGCAAUUACAUAAAAGUGCAAGCCCAAUUGAAUUUUCAUGCCAAGAUGAUAUGGUUCAAAAUCUCAGUGAAAAGAAAAGUGAAGAAAAUCUUCCAGAAGAAUGUGAUUCUGUCGAACCAAAUUGUAGGCAGUAACACAUACACAGUCAAUAAAAUCUGUUAAUUGAUUAAUUUUUACACAAUCAUGGAGGUUAUGAAGUAUGGUGUUUUUGUUACCAAUAAUAUUAAACUUUAAGAAAUUUCAGUUUUUAUCAGUUUUAAUAUAAUGGUUGUACAUUAUAUACUACUAUACUACUACUAGCAUAUUUACAAAUUCUUGAACAUGUAUGCAUGACCUUCAUAAAAACUUACCGAUUUGGCUUUGAUAUAUAUUAAUUCUGAAAAUUGUUA